AUGGCGUCUGGUGGAAAUUCACUUGAACAAGGAUCUGACACGACUUUUCAGUUUCAUUGUAGUAAAUGUGUUAAGGAUGGAAAGAAUUCUGAAGCAGUUAAGUUUUGUGAAGAGUGCUAUGAUUAUCUUUGCUCAUCAUGUAUGAGCACACACAAUGAUUGGCGCGAAUGGCGCGAAUUGAGACGUCAUAAGUUGUUAACAAUUGGGGAGAUUCGUGGUGAAAGUCACAUACCAGCGACAUUUGUGCGGAGAAACUGUGCAGUUCAUAGUGGUACUUCUGUAGAACUUUAUUGCGCUGAACACGAGGCCGUUCUCUGUAAAGAAUGCUGCGAAACUACAACUCAUAAAUUGUGUACUCUUGAGUAUUUACCGAAGGCUGCAAUAAACUGCAAUGCUGAACUUAAACGUUUGGAUAGUAAAACUAACGCUAUCAAAAUGUGGUGUGAGAGUGUAGAAAAUAAGAGGCUUGAAGAUAUCACUCGCCUGAAAAAACAAAGUGAUAUAUUAAAGUCUGAGUUUGAUAAUGUUGUAAAAGACUUGACACGUUCUUUAAACAAAUCAGUUGACAGUUUACGCAAAAAGGCAGACAACAAAAAGGCAGGUCACAUAGACACCAUCAACAAAGACAUAAAACUAUUAAAGGAAGCAAAAGCCUUUUUAGAAAUUCACACACAUUCUGACAAUGAAAACAAAAUGCAGCUUUUCUUGAACAUACAAGAUGCGAAAAUAGCAGUUCAGAAGUAUAACUCUACGAUACAAGAAGUAGACCAGCGUACAGGGCAAGAGACAGUCGCCGCAAGGUUUGACUAUCUUCAACGGGAUGGAUGUAUUGCUGUUUUUAAAGAUGAAGAAGAUCCUCUUUUUUCUGAGGGUGAUAAGUAUCCAAGUCAUGUGAAAGGGUUUUGCCAGAUGACCGACGGUAGGAUUAUUGCAACAGACUUUAUGAAUAACAAGUUGAAGGUAUUAGAUAGCUCUUAUCAUAUGAAAGACAGUAUAGAAGUGUCUAAAUCCCCUUGGGAUGUUUGUCAAGUUGAAGAAGAUCUGAUUGCUGUCUCUUGCGAGAAGAAAAUCCAGUUUGUUAACUUAAGCAGUAAAAGAAUUCUGGAAAAGGAUAUUUCAGUGAAUGACAGAUGUCAUGGCAUGACAUAUUGUGGAAGCAAGUUGUUCGUUUGUUGUGGAGGCUUCGAUCUAGGAGACGGAUCACCGCGUAUUUUGGUAUUUGAUAAGGUAGGAAAGCAAAUUCAAGAAAUAAAUGACAGAGACAUAAUUGGAAGACCGUUUUCUUUGGCAAAAAGUGAAGAUGAGAAGAAGAUUUUUGUAGCUGACAACUAUAAAGGAAUUGUCAUUCUCAAUAUAAAAGGCCAAUUGAUUGAUACUAUAAGACAUCCUGAACUGAAGAUCGCCGUAGGUACUUGCGUAGGUAAAUCAGGUGAAGUGUAUACGUUCGACUAUAGUUCUAAAGAUUUAUUCAAGCUUGUGCCACACACAAAGCCGGUCAAGAUAGAUAAAAUGGAAGUCAAGUUGAAAUGCCGAAAUGUUGUUUUGUUUGAUAGAACCCGUGAUAGAAUCAUAUCACAAACAGGUGACAAGGUCCCGAUAGAAUUUGUUAAUGUCUUGUAA